GUUGUCAGCAACUGCUUUCUACUCUCUUGACCUGCUCUUCACGUUCAUGCCGAGUGCAUGUCGACCUGAAUCUCACAGAUAGAUUUCAGGAUUCUUCUACACCUCCCUUAACAAUUUGCGAUGACGCACGAGCGUCUGUAGCAUCAUCGACAGGCGGGAGCUGCUGAAUCAACGACUUGGAGCCCACAUCCCUCUUCAUCUCAGGGAACGUAGCCCGGAUAAAUCGGGAACAUGCACUGUGUCCGUGAUCUGUCUACCGGGCCCACGGUCAUGCGCACCUCAGCUGCAAGAAGUGCACCAUUCUCUGUACUCAAUGGACCACAUCAGCUGCGACUGUCAGGGGCCUGGGCACCUCGCGCGCAGGCCUCACGACUGCCUCGGCAUCUCUAAGGAGUGUGUUCUAUCGACGGGAUGCGACCGUUCGAUUUAGGUCUUCAUAUCGUGGAUAGACUUGGAAUAUAUCCACGUCAAUGAGACAACCCAAUGCCCCGACAGGCAGGUCCCCUCUUCUUUACACGUGGCCUGACCCAUGAUAAACCUUGUCUCAGGCUGAUUAUCACCACCAUCGGCGCAUUCAUUCGACUCUGGAAGACUCGGGCAUGAUGCUUCCGCCUUUUCGUUCCAAAACGCCCCAUCGGACGUGCGCUCCUGCAGCCAAGGCCUUCGGGUUCAUCAAUCACCGCUUGAUUGGACGAGGCGUGCAUGACUGGCUGGAAAUCAAUGAGCUGUGAAUAGACUUAGCGCAAACAGGCUUCUGCGGGGGUGGAAAGCUAAAGUCCAGAGAACAAUGCGACACAGAUUCGGAUGGCAGCUGAAGCUUUCUAGACAUAUGCUUUGAGGUUGGCUCUGGACGCCGGUUGAUAAAGUGGGCAUGACUAGCGAAGCGUCGCCGAGAGGAUAUACUAUGUUGUGUUGGACCAGUCUGAGCGAAUGCGGAUCGAUACAAACGCGAGUCGGAUGGGAACGUGUGUAUCGGGUGGGAAUGAGGGUCCUCUCUUGUCGCCUCGAUGCGGGAUGAUUCACGAACGAGGGUGGCCGCGAAGGACUGCGUGCUGUGAUCAAUAGACCGCUCCGGCAGCAGCAAUCUGGCUCAACAGUCUCUUAACCAUUCAUCCUGUCAAGAACUAACCCCCGAUAUCCCUGUGACUGGAAAGAAGCAUGGAACAAGCGCCCGGCUUGGGAGUACUUGACCCAGAUCGCCACUCUCAGCGCUGAUCAGCCAUCGGUCGCUCCCCGUCCUUCUCAUGCUCCUACCCCAUGUGAACAACACCGUUUCUCUUGCGCGCACAGGUGAAGCAUUGGACAACGCGAACGGACCGCUCUCUCGCACUCUCUUCGCUAUCAUUUGGGGCUGUCUAUCGACUAUCUUUGCCUCUGUCUGGGUCUCGGUGCACCCCAAUGUACCUGCGCCAAGCACCAAGGUGUUCUGGACCGCGACAAGGAGAGUCAGGUUCAUGCUAGUUGCUCUGGCAGCACCCGAGGCUGUGGUCGCCUUUGCUCUCCGGCAGUUCAUCUAUGCUCGGAAAUUGUAUCAAGCUCAUCGAACUCCCCCGGACUCCCUCUCGAUGACUCAUGCCUUCUUUCUCUCGAUGGGCGGAUUCAUCGACGCGGACGGCAAGGUCAUCGCUACCGAGGGUCAGCUCAACAAGCCCGGUGUCCUCGCGGCUGUCGCAGCUGUGAAGCAAGCGGAGAUUCAGGACAAGAGCAAGGGUGAUGGGUUCACGAAGGGUGUCGCACUGCUUCAAGGAUUGUGGUUCCUGCUGCAGAUGAUCGGCCGGGUUGUCCAGAGACUGCCAGUCACGCAGCUUGAGGUGUCCACGGUGGGGUUUGCUGCGCUCACCCCGGUUGUUUGGCUUCUCUGGUGGCGCAAGCCUCUUGAUGUGCAAGAACCGAUCGUUCUCGCAGUCCAUCUGGCCACGCCUAGUUCCACAGCACGUAGUGACACCCCAUCGAAGGAGGACGCGCAAAAUGACCUUGCAGCCCUGCCGAAGACGCCUGCUACCCCAGCAUCGAUUAACACUCCGUUGCAAGAGGAUGCGAAUGAGACCGAAACCUGGCACGACAGGCUCUGGAAUAGAUUCGGGGGUCUCGUACUAGGGAACUACGACGAUCCGACGGGACGGUCCGUCCCCACGUUCUGGUCUCACAGCGAGGCCGAGUCGGAUUCCGAAGUCACCUGGCGCUCAUUUUCUGUGGCUCAGCGCAGUCUUCUCAGCCAAGCCGUGUUCGGUCUCAUUUUCGGCGGCUUCCACUGCGCGGCAUGGAACGUCGACUUCCCCUCUGUGAUUGAAAAAUGGCUGUGGAGGAGCUGUGCCAUCUUGGUCACGUUUGCGCCUACCAUAUUCAUGGGCUCAUUGAAUACAAUUUCAAUCCCGAAAGAAAGUGAUGGUUUGGCAUACGACCUUCUUGUGUUCCUGCCUCUUGCACUCGUGAUCUUUGCAUUGCCCAUUUUGUAUGUCUUGGCUCGGCUGGCUUUGCUCGUCCUGAUGUUUACCUCUCUCCGAGACAUACCAAUCGGGGCCUUCUCGUCUGUAGAUUGGACUGGAUUCAUUCCUCACUUUUUGUAAUAAGUACUACUGUUCUUACGAAAGAUGUUGAUUUUUCAUUUGCAAGACUACAUUGCCUCACACGAUCCAUCCGUUU